AUGAUUGAUAUUCAUAAGCUUAAUGCGUUUGUGGCUGUGGUUGAGGAAAGUAAUAUUUCUCGAGCAGCGGUACGUCUGAAUAUGCAGCAACCGCCUUUAACACGGAUUAUCAAAAACUUAGAAGAUGAAUUAGACACAGAUUUAUUGAAGCGUUUACCGCGUGGCGUAGAAGCAACUGAAGCGGGUAAGGCCUUAUACCAAGAGGCACUUACCAUACUUGCGCAUGCACAGGCUAUUCCCAAACGCGUGCAAAAUAUUUCUAAAGCGGUAUCUAUUCAUUUGGAAGAAGAUGGCAGUAGCUCAUUGAUUGAUUCGAUUAUCAAUGAAAAGAAUGACAUCGUUUUUUUGCGUAAGCCUGCGCCGAUUGGUUUGGGACUCACCAGUUUGCACGUACUUGAUGAGCCUUUAAUUGUGGCAUUGCCCAAUAACCAUCCCUUAACCGAACAUCCUGAUGCCAUCCAAUUACUUGAUUUAGAGCCUUAUGAUUUUGUACUGUAUCGCCGUUUAGCAGGACAAGACUUGCUGGAUUUAGUCCAAAGAUUGUUCAAGAAGCCCCACGUUUAA